CCCACCCGCCACCUGUGGAUUGGCAACCUGGGCACGCGCACGCCGCGCGCGCUGCUCAAGACGCUGUUUGAGCGCUUUGGCACCGUCGACGAUGUGGUGACCUUCCCCGGCCGCAUGUACGCCUUUGUCAACUACCGUACCACGGAGGAGGCGGUACUGGCAUUUGAUACCCUGCAG